AUGAAAUUUAGAAGUGUGGCAAUGAAGAACGGCUUUGAAUUCUUGACUAGCAGAUGAUCACUUUGCCAAUUAGAUUCACUACUCAGUACACGAUCCUCUCUUCAACGGGAAAGCAGUGGAAUUUUGUUAAACCAUUUUGCUCACCACCUCACAUUUUCAAUUUGGUGCUUAACUGAAGAAAAGAAACUAUAUAUGAAGGACUAUAACACGAUGAACAAUUCAAGUAACAUAUCUCUUCAACACCCUACAGCGUUCCAUCAACCGAACUAUAAAUUGGCCUCACAACUUGUUCCUAUUGCCGUUUCAAUCAUCAUAGCGAAUGGAGUCGUGUUUUAUCUUUUCGGCAAAAUGAGGAGUCUGCGCACUCCUGCAAAUUAUUUCUUGCUGAGCCUUGCUAUAAGCGACAUCAUGACGGGGCUGAUAAAUAUUCCAUUGCUCCUGGUUUUGGUUCAUCUGUCUCCGCUUAGUCCGUCGUUUACUGUGAUGUACUGCACCUCAGAAGUCUUCCAUAACGUAAUUUCAAUUUCGAUAGCUUACCACAUCACUGCUAUUACUAUGGACAAAUAUCUCGCCGUUGUCAACCCCUUUGGACGUUUCUUGAUGACCAGGAAAACAGUGAGGAAGGCAUUAUCAUCCGUAUGGCUUUGCUCAGCGUUCUUGGGGUCAGUACCUGCAACUUGGUGGGAUUCAUGGCUCGCAGAGGACUCUUUCGCUUUAUAUUUACAAGCUGGACACAUUAUUUUCUGUCUUUGCGUGGUGUUUUUUGUUCCGUAUAUGUUUAUCCUUUAUGCCUACGGCGUUAUGUUCAAAGCAGUGUCUAUGAAGCGGUCGUCAAAAGAAUCAUCUGGCCAGAAAGAUUCUCGCGCAUUUAAGAAAGCUAACAACGAAAGGAAAUGCCUCAUUAUUCUGCUCGCAAUGGCGACUGCUUUCGCGAUUUGUUGGAUACCUUGGUUCACUUUAAGAUUAAUUUACGCUGUCUCCACGACUGGAUGGAUAGAUAUCAAAGAUCAGGCUUCUUUUACAGAAGCAUCCCAAAUGUUUGUCAUCAUCAGAUAUAUCAGCUCUGCCGUUAAUCCUUUAUUGUACACAUUCUUCAAACAAGACUUUUGGAGUGCUUUUAAAAUUGUUACAUUGAAAAGGAAUUCACGGAUUCCAUCCAUGACUCCAUCAAUCAGACUAACAAUAACACAAAGAUAUCGAGGCGCAGAGAAACACGAGAACCAUCUAGUAAGGGACAGCAUUGACGAAAUUCAACAAUCAGCCGUCUAA